UGGUAACAAUUUUCUUCCGGCUCUUCCUCCCUCCCUCGUCUUGAAGAAGAAGAAAAGUAUUCAAAAUUUAAUUCAUUCAAUUCUGUAACUUUUCUAAAAAUACUAAAAAACUAUGGCCAAUAAUAACAACACUGUACGCUUACUCCGAUUAAUUAGGGCUAAAACCACCUCACUUACUCCUUCUACCCCUCUUCCUCAUUCCACUACCAGAUAUCGGUAUGAACCGUUAAAGACAAAUUUUCAGUCGUCAUCCUUAUUAUCGAGGGGCUGGACUCCUCCUUCCUUUGGUUAUCGGAAAUUACCACCUCUCACACAUAGAUAUUUUCAUACUUCCAAUGCUUACACUUCUGGGAAAUCCGAACCAUUCAAGAGGUUGAUUACAGGUUUUAACUCAUCAUCAUCAUUAGUAUCGAGAGGCUACACUCAUCAGUUGAAUACUAACUGGAAAUUACUUGUGCAGAGGUAUCGUAAUAUGUUGAAAUCGUGUAACUUAGGAUAUGAAUUCAGUAUGUGGAGGAUAUUAGGUGUGUCAGCUGUACUAGGAUCUUUUUUUAUUCCUCCUCGCUUUGCACUUUGUAUGGAUGAAGGAGAUGCCGGUUCAGUAGAUGAUCAUAGCAGCGCCUUGUACGAAUCAGAGACUAUGGAUGAUUUUUUAUACAAGUUGAAGGUCUUUGCCAGGAGGCUGGUUGUGCCUAUUGGGUUAUUCUUGAUUGUGUGGAGGAACUGGAAUUUUCCUGUUGCUCUUGCAGUUAAAGUGAUAUUUACUUUUCUUAGCACAAAGCCCAACCCUUUGUCAGUUUAUUUAUUCAUUGAACAGUUGCAGCAACAAUACGGAAGGCGACAUUUUUUCUUACAGAAACUCAAGCCAUCAUAUGCAAAAACAGUCGAAGCAAAGGAUUACAUGGCCUUCAGCAUUGCCAAGGUUAAGAUAGGAGAUCGGGAGUACACCCUUUUGGGAAUCCUGGGUGGCUGGUGGGCUUUCGGAUUGCUAUCUUUUCCUUUUUCUGAUUUACAGGAUAUGGAAUUGCCAGCUAUAUCGCCAGCUAAUUAUCUUUCUGACAUAUGGAGCCACUUAGUGGAAAAUGUAUUAGUAGUUGAAUAAUGUAACAUUCAGAAUUAAACCUAUUUAGGAUAGUAAAAGCGUAGUAAUUUUGUAUACUUUGGAUGUCUAUCGAUCAGUUUGACCUGUUAGAAGCAUUUACCUGUUUUAUUUA